AUGAAGAACACUUGUCGUUUGAUCUUGAGCAAGGCUACCAAUUGCCAUCAAACUCGUUACUUUUCCACCUCCAAAGUUAAUGCAGGUAUUUGGGCCAACGUUCAAUAUGCUCCUCUUGAUGCCAUCAAACAAUUGACCAUUCAAUUCAAUCAAGACACUGCACCAAACAAGAUCUUGCUAGGAGAAGGUGUUUAUCGUACCGAUGAGGGUAAGCCAAAGACUCUUACUUCCGUCCGUGAGGCCGAGAAGAUCAUUUUCGACAAGGCUUUAGAUCAUGAAUAUCCACCAGUUACUGGUGUUCCAGAAUUCUGUAAGGCCACUCAGAAAUUUGCUUUCGGAGAGAACAAGGACACUAUUGCUACAGUGCAAGCCAUUUCAGGUACUGGUAGUUUGUGUCUCUCUGCUUGUUUCAUCAAAAAGUUCCUUCCAGCAGAUACCAAAGUGUACUUCCCAAAUCCAACAUGGGUCAAUCACUUUAACAUUUUCCGUGCUCAAGGAUUCUCCGAUGAUCGUCUUCCAACCUACCGAUAUUUUGAUAAAAAGACCAAUGGAAUGGAUGUUGCUGGAUGUUUGGAGGAUUUGAAGAAUGCUCCAGAGAAAUCAGUCAUCUUGUUGCAUGCUUGUGCUCACAAUCCAACUGGUGUGGAUCCAUCCAUGGAUACUUGGAAGCAAAUUUCCGAUAUUUGUAAGCAAAAGAAGCACUAUGUCUUGUUUGACUCUGCUUAUCAAGCAUUUGCUUCUGGUGAUGCUAACACUGAUGCUCAAUCAUUCCGUUUGUUUGUGAAGGAAGGUCAUCAAAUCAUGCUCUGUCAAUCCUAUGCCAAGAACUUUGGUUUGUACGGACAACGUAUUGGUGCAUUCUCUGUGGUUUGUGAAAAUGCUGAGGAAAAGAAGAAUGUUGAAAGUCAACUUGGUAUUAUCAUUCGUACUCAAUACAGUAAUCCACCUGUGCAUGGUGCUCGAUUGGUCACUACUGUUUUGAAUAGUCCUCAAUUGAAGGCUCAAUGGGAGAAGGAUGUCAAGGAAUUGGCUGACAGAAUUAAAACCAUGAGAAGUCGAUUGGUUGAGGAAUUGAAGGCUGCAGGAAGCACUCGUGACUGGUCUCACAUUACCAAGCAAAUUGGUAUGUUUGCAUACAGUGGUUUGAACGAGCAACAAGUCAACAGAUUGAGAGAGGAAUACCACAUUUACAUGACUAAGGAUGGUAGAAUCAGUAUCUCUGGUUUGAAUACUAGCAAUGUUGCCACUGUUGCUAAGGCCAUGCAUGCAGUCACCAAGUAA